GGUGCCGGCUUCCUCGUUUCCCCUGGCUGCUCGUCAGCACUCCCUCCCGUGAACUCGGUCCCAGUGGAGGCUCUUCCCUCAGCCGGAGCUCCGGCGUCUGGGCUUCAGAAGCCGCCCGAGGUGGCUGCGCGGCCUUCUAGAGCCCUGGUCCAGCCCCUUGCCCACCGAGGCGUGAUCCUCUUUUUCUGUCCUGAAGAACUUGGCCCAAUGGCUUCCUGUGCCCGCUUCUAAGGUUCUUUUCCAAACCCGGAAGACAGUGCACGGAGCCAGGGGACAUCAGCCAUGCUCCAAACAUCUUGGCCUCAGGUUUUUGUGUGGAAGUGAGUUUUCAACUCAUUUGGGAAGAUACCAAGGAGCAUGAUUGCUGGAUUGAUGGAGUCAGUGACGUUUGAGGACGUGGCUGUGUAUUUCACCCAGAAUCAGUGGGCCAGCCUGGACCCUGCGCAGAGGGCCCUGUAUGGGGAGGUGAUGCUGGAGAAUUAUGCAAACAUGGCUUCUCUGGCAUUUCCAUUCCCCAAACCUGUUCUGAUCUCCCAGCUGGAGAGAGGGGAAGCACCGUGGGGCCCAGAUCCCUGGGAAGCAGAGGUUUUGAGAGGUGUCCGUCCAGGUGUUGCAUCCUGGAUCAAGAAUGAAGAGCCAGCUGUAAAGCAGGAGGCCUCUGAAGAAGCAGAGCUACACAGAUCGCCGGUAGGAGGACUCCUCAGAAACGUUUCUCAGCACUUUGAUUUUAAAAGCAAGGCAGCAUGGCAGACUUUCAGUCUGAAUCCGAAUCUGAUACUUCGAGGUGGAAUGAAGUUCUAUGAAUGUAAAGAAUGCGGGAAAAUCUUCAGAUAUAACUCAAAGCUUAUUCGGCAUCAGAUGAGUCAUACCGGAGAAAAGCCCUUCAAGUGUAAGGAAUGCGGCAAAGCUUUCAAGUCCAGCUAUGACUGUAUUGUCCACGAGAAAAAUCACAUUGGAGAAGGGCCUUAUGAAUGUAAGGAGUGUGGCAAAGGUUUGAGUUCCAAUACAGCCUUGACUCAACAUCAAAGGAUCCACACUGGAGAGAAACCCUACGAAUGUAAGGAGUGUGGAAAGGCUUUCCGUAGGAGUGCAGCAUAUCUUCAGCAUCAGAGACUACACACUGGGGAGAAACUCUAUAAAUGUAAGGAAUGUUGGAAAGCUUUUGGUUGUAGGUCACUUUUUAUUGUCCAUCAGAGAAUUCAUACUGGGGAGAAACCCUACCAAUGUAAGGAGUGUGGCAAGGCCUUCACUCAGAAGAUAGCCUCCAUUCAGCAUCAACGAGUUCACACUGGAGAGAAGCCUUAUGAAUGUAAGGUGUGUGGGAAGGCCUUCAAAUGGUACGGCAGUUUCGUUCAGCAUCAGAAACUGCACCCGGUGGAGAAGAAGCCCAUCAAGGCUCUUGGGCCAUCCCUGAUGAGUCCCCACUGCCCCUCUUCAACCUUAUCUCCAGUUCCUCUCCAGAGUCCAUGCUCUGCUCCAGCUGUGGCCGUGCCUUCACUGACCUUUCCACAUGCUGUGCUCAUUCCUACCUCUGGGCCUUUGUUCAUGCUGCUGCCCACAUCUGUAAUACCUUCUUCACCUGUCCAAAUAAUACGAGUCUUCCAGGGCCUUACUCCCACUGUGAAGCCUUCCCCAGUUAUUGUGACUCCUUCUCACCCCUCAUGAGCUUUAUCUGCCAUGCCUAUGGCUAGCAAAUCUAGCCUAGCAAAUCUCCAACAUAAUUUGAGUUUCAUUUAUGUUUUUUCUUCCCUUACAUAUGUUACAACUGUUUCAGCAUAAACUCCAUUAUAACCUAUAUAUAUAUUUAAAGACUAUGUUUGUAUAAUAUAUUCUCUUAUUUUCUGGGUAGAAAAUGGAAAUACUUGACCUUUGCAUUGGUCCCUUUCAGGCUUGAACAACAAUGGCUGUGUCUGCAUUGUGGGGUGCUGGUGUUAGGAGUGCUGGCAGGACGCUUUUGUGUGUUAGAGAAGUUCAGGAGAGAGGCCAUCCCUGUAUUAGGCCAUUGUGAUUAGCAAGAAGCAGCCUGAGAGAAACGGAGGAGGCGUGCAAGAACUGUGGAAGUUGAGAAUUGGAAUAAGCUUCCAAUAAUGGACUUUAGAAAUUAAUGCAGAUUAUUUAGCAGGCUAAGGUGUAUUGAUGCCAUUGAAGUUGCAUUGCCCUUGGCCAUGGAUCAUUGAGGAUCUCAUAUGUCUGUGCAAAAGAUCAUGUGAAAUAUCCAGUAAAAAAUGGUAUGUAUACAGUGAUAGCAAUUAUUUACACAAUUGAUAGAAUCGUCUUUAAAAAGGAAGUUUUUUUUUCCUUUAGUUUUGCUUUUGAUAUCUAGAUGUUUCUUUUUAACUUUGGUUUCCUAAGUAAAUAUACACCAAGGCGUUCAUCGCUGUCCCAUCUAUUGUGUAAAUUUUUCUUUGUGGGCAUUCUGGUUUUCUGUUUGCAAGCACUGGCUUCUACAUUUUAUUUUCUCCAGAUAGCUUGAGUUGUAAAUAUGAAUUUGGUGAAUUAAUAGAGAAAUGCGAACAAUAGUGUAAAGCCAACUUGGGGGAAAUCUGAAUAAGCCUUAAAAUUGUUUUUUAGGCGUAAAGGGGGCUGUGUAAUGGGUCAGUGGCUAAACGUAUGUGGUAGGUGAACGAAGUGGAAUUUUGGGUCAUUCCUGCUUUUGACCUUGAUGAGGAUCUUUUACAACUAUGCAAAGUGCUAUGUCAGGUAAUUCCUGGAAAAAGAACUCAAGUUAUGCGUUAUCAGCAUUAAUGUAAAGUAAAUCCUUAAACACUGAUGGAAGGGGCUAUACGUAUUUUUCUUUUAAGUUGUCUUUGCUAUCUAGAUGAUUCUCUAAAGCAAUUAACAGAAAACCUUUAAACUAGUGGCUCUUAAAUUUUACCAUGUGUCUGAAUAACCUGGUGUAAAAAGACUAGUUUUCUGUCCUAACUCCCAGAAAUUCUGAUUUUGGAGAUCUGUGGUGGUGCGCAGACCUUUAGUGUGGACCAUACUUUGAGAGAGAUGCUUUUAACAGAAAAUGCCCGUGGACUGUUUGGAGGCAUACAUUGAUAAAGGGUUUGGGUGAGACUGCUUUAUUUCACAGUGGAUCUUCAGGAGAGAGACCUCUAAGAGUGGUUCAGGUGGUGUCAGUUUAGAAGAGAGCAAAGCAAGUGAAAUAUGGCCUGUAGGGAAAAAAAGAAAGAGGCAAAGAGAUCUGAUGUUGCCUAUGAAGAGUUCUUGAAGUCUCCACUCCCAGAAGGUUUGGGGGGUUGACAUUGCCUACCUUUUGCUAUUUAUUUGCUUGUUGGCUGAAGUAACGAGGAAAUUUUUUUUUCUUAUUUUAAAGUUAAUACACUUCAAAAUAGCUCUUGAGUUAAAGAGAACACAAAAUGAUGCUACAGAUAAUUUAGAGCUGAACAACAGAACAAGACACAACAGGGUCUGUGGGAUGUGGCAAAAGGUGGUACUCAGAGCAAUAUUUACAGUCUUGGAUGCAUUCUUUAGAAAAUAAGUUUGAAGGCUUGCAAUUCAGAAAGCUGGGGAUGGUGUUUGGUCGAGGGAAACAAAAAAAAUUAAAGCCAAAACAAGUGAACAGACCAAAAAACCCUCAAAUGAAUUUAGCAGAAAUAAAAUGUUCAACAGAGUUUUUGGUAAAGGUGGUGUUUGAAAUGUUAAUUCAUGCCCUCCUGAAACCCCACUGAAACAGUGAAAGAGAUUAAAAAUUAAAAGGCAUAAAUUCAUGAGGACAAUGAAAAUAAGAUGAUGAUAACAUUUUGAGAGUUUGAAAGCAGGUGAAAGAGCUGUAACUUUUAGCAGACCCGAGAAAGGUGAAUCCUAAACCAUAUUGGGGGAAGCUGAGCAACCAGCCAUCCUAUAUGGCAGAGUUCCCAAAAGGGCUUAGGAAGUGAAACUCCAGGUAUCAGGGAUGCUGGUGGGGCUAAGAACAAGAGAAUAGGCUAAAAGUCUGUAAGAAGCACUUAGAUUCUCAGGUCACCUCCCCUUUCCCCUCUGUCCUGGAGCAGUAAAACGGGGAUUUUGGAGGUCAGUGUACCACCCUGAAUGUGAGGUCCUUCUCCCUCUCCCUCUAGCCUUCUACCCCUACUUUGAUCCACAAUGCUGCUAACUAGACUUGGGUACCUUCUAGGCUGGAAAUCAGAAGAACUUUCUUUGGAAACUCUGAUCAAUUCAAGAGAGAAGACCAAUGAUACUGGCAUCUCAGAUUCCUCAAUGAAAUGGCUCCACAGAGAACUUCCAACUCUGUACACAGAGCUCCGAGCCAGCUUUUUAAUGCUCCACUCUUAAAUAUAACCAAAUAGCCGAGGAUAUGAAAAAGGCUGAAGCAAGGAAACAGGGAAGCCUAGUUGAAUCAGACUAUGCAGGGAAAAGAAAACUUAUCCUAAGGUUAGGGAAGAUGUUUGCAUCUGUGAAACAAUAGAUUGAUAUAAGAAAGGAAAAUUCAGAGAAAAAGAAAAAACUCUUGAAAACUAAAAGUUGGAAAUGAGAUGCUCAGUGUAAGCACUGGAAGAUAAAGUCAAGGGAAUCACCCAGAAAGUUUGACAAAAAAGAGGUGAGAGUAGCAAAAAGAGGUCUCGUAUAGGUGACCUAACAGUUAAAUAGGCAUUAGAGAGAGAGGAACAGAGAAAUUGGGGAGAAAGAAAUCCUAAAUAGUUCAGGGAGAUUUCCCAGACUUGAAGCCUAGGGCUCCACGCCUUCAUCAGUGCGUGUUGAGGAAGCCCCAAGCAUGCCCCGCCCUCAGCCCUCCACACCUCUACUGGCAGGAAAGAAGAGAGGGACUCCAGACCCAAACCCCUUCCUGCCAUCCUCCAGUCUCAGCCUUCCUACCGUUAGCAGUCCUGAGACUAUCAGAGCAUUCUCAGUGUGCGCUUUAUGCUUAUUUCAGUCACCAUGAGGAGCCCUGAACUCCCAGGAUAACCCUCACCUCCUGCAAGUUUAGUCCUUUACAUCUCUGCACAUUGCAUUGUCUUCAUCCGUUACCUCUCUCCAACUCCGAAAACUUCCUUCUGCCCUCUGAAGCUAACAAUCCGUUGGUAGCGAAGUUCCCUGUGUGCUGAACAUCUUUGACCAUUACCUUACCUUCUUGCUCUAAUCAAAACCUGCUAAUCCUUUGAGGAUACUGCUUCCUCAGCACCCUCCAAAGUGGUGGCUAUUUUUCUUUCACGUUCCCAGUAUCAGAUGUCCUGAAUCCUCUUUGUUUCCCUGCCAGUUCCAGAUCAUUCUUCACCCCACCCCUUUCCUAAAAACCUCCGCCUUUGAAUUUCAUGUCACCAGGCAGUAUACUACUGGACCUCUGGGUCACACUCCCUCAUUCCUUGAAGAUUUCAGCUCCUACCCUACUGUCAUUCUCAUCAACAUUUUUCUUAAUUCUUGGUAAUUUCAAUAGAUAAUCCUUCCAAUAUCUCACCCUCUUAUUUCCUUUCUUGUCCUCUAUUUUAUGUCAAUCACUCCUUUAAUCAUAUCCUAGACCUUGUUAUUACCCAAAACUUCUCCCCCUCUGUAAUCUCAGCACUUUAAAUAUCUUGCUAUAUUUCUUAUCUUUCCAAUUUAUUCCCUUUAGAAUCCUGAUGCUAACAAUCCUUCAAUUUUCUUUCUUCCUCCUUUUUCACUGUCCUUCGCUUCCCUGUCCUUUACCUCCAUGCCUGUCCUUUCUUAUUUACCCAACUUAAACUCCAUGGUCAGUUAUAACAAUUCCGUUACAGUCUCCCUCAGCUUCCUUGCCCUUCUCUUGGCUUUGUCAUACUCACGUGGCAAACCCCCAGCUCUGACUAAAUGCAAUUCUUUGCCUUCUCUGUGCCUGCACCUGUGCUACUGAAAGUGAUCAGGGUAAAACACUGCCAUGCUGAAUCGUCUGACUAAAUUCAUGGCCAGUGACUUCAAGUAGGCCCUUAAUGGUUCCUGACAGUGGUACUACAUCUCUGGGGUCCACUUCACUCUCCCCCCUUUCCUAGACUACUACUCUAUACCUUCUUGAAACUCUUCUUGAGCCUCUAAUAGCACCACCUCAGUACUUAUGCUUUGCUGAUGGUUGUUUCUGCCCCCUGCUGGCAGAACAGUAAGCUCUUAAGAGCAGCUGUGCUUUCAGCUCCCGUGCCGGAAUGAGAAGACAUAAGGAGCUGUGUUGGGCCCAGAAUUGCUGUGCCGCCUCGUCUUGCCCAUCUACUUUUCAGCUUGCAAUAUCAGAUCUUCCACCACCAUAUUCUCAAUCACUUCAACUAAGUCAGUUCUACCUUCUUAAGAUUCUGUCACACUUAGUAACAGACUUCUGCUUCCUAAUUGUGUGUCAGCCAGUGUUCAGUUGCAGACAGCAGAACGCACUUUAACUAGUUUAAGCAGAAAGGGAUUUGCUACAUACUGUUAGCUUACAAAAUUUCCAUAAGUUGGGGUGCCACGUAGGCAGAAGCCAAGAAAAAUGACCAAUGACAGUACCAAGUCUUUCCAGUGGAAAUCCAGCAGCUGCUGGUGCCUGCUAAUGGACUGCUGCCCCCACUGAGGAGAGGGACUGGACCAGUAGGAGGUUUGCUACAUAUUCUGGAGAAAAAGCAAAUACCCCCACAACCAUUCUGGUAGGAGACUGUAGGGUCUCAUGAUCUUUACUUCCGUCUUCUGCAAGGUGGAAGUAGGUUUUAUGUGUACCUCUAAGUAGCAAGAACUUUCGGGAAAUUGGAUUCUACCUGAGAAAGUGAGAUUUAUAAUGUGGAGAAGUCCUGAAAUGGGGAAAGGAUUUUCAAAAUAUUUUGGGCAGCUGUAAAAUAUCAGUUAUCCAUUAUAGGCAUGAAAAAUGACCUAAAUGACUGAAGGGUGCACUAUAUUCAUGGGGAGGAAAGAUCAAUAUCCUCAAGAUUUCAAUUUUUGCCAAAUGAAUUUAUAAAUUAAAAGCAAUUCCAGUCAAAAUUCCAAAGGGGUUUGUGUGUGUUUGACCUGAACAACUGAUUCUAAAAUUUGUAUAGAAAAACAAAGAGUAGCUCAGACAAUUUUGAAGAACAAGGUGGGAGAUUUUGUGCUACCAGAUUAGUAAAUAUAAUGAUGAUCAAAAACAGAACAAAACGAAGUAAAAACCAAAAAACCUAAGUUAUAAAAAAAUAGAUCCACUGUAAAAUGAUUUGUAUAAGUUAAAAAAAUCUAAAUAUACUAUUUAGAAAUAUAUACAUUUUAUACAAAAUUAUAUGCAUAUAAAAUACAAAAUUAUAGAGAAAUGAACUAUGGAGCGUUCAUGCAUCAGUGGCAUGGGCUGAGAAAAUAUAAAUGAUAUUUUUCUCUCUCUCCUACCUCCUUUCUUCUCUUAUUACUUCUCGCUUUCUUUUCCAAAUGCCAGGAACCCAAUCCCAAAUGCUGCCCACCAAUUAUCCAACACCCUCCACCUUUGCCACCUAUUUCUGCUCUGAAAACAAACAAUAGUAGUCAGAUGCUUUGUUUCUCAAAUAUCUUGAAUUAAUGAUUCUCAAAGUACUUGACAAAAUAUGGUCUCUUAACACCCCUAUAAGUAAUAUCUUAUUUCAUGGCUGUCCAGAAAGAAGUUAUGUAACUGGCUUUAAUCUAAAAACCAUAUGUUUUAAAAGCCAGAUGAUUAAAUAUCUUGCUUAAAGAAAAUGUUAACUUUUAUUACAUGAAGCCAAAUUGUAAGGCUAGCUCAAACCUUUCUCUUAAGUGAAUCAGUAAUCAGUGUUAUCAUUUCAUUUCUACCCAUCCAGUUACUAGUUACAAUGGAUUUGUGGUGUUACAGGAAAUUUCAAUUGGUCAAACAGUUUCGAUGUACUCCUCUUUGCUACCUCCACAAGGACACCUUGGAUUUUAAUAAUAAUAAAAAUAUAUACUUUCCUGGUACUAUUUACCAUUUAAUAUUUAAGCACAAUGCAUUGCAAGUUAGAUUUUCUAUCUCAGGUUUGUAUAAAAAGAAAUAAAACUCCAGAGAUGGUAAAUGACCUUGCUCAAGGUCACAGUGAUUGGAGACAGAACUGAAGUAUUUUGACGUCCACUUUCAGCUCUGCUGGUAACUUUCUAAGAAAAACGGUGUCAACUAUAGCAGGCAUUUUCAAUGUAUCAAGUGACUACUUACAUGGGUAGUUCUUUUUCUUGUGGUUGUUUUGCAGGCAAUCUUAGCAGUUUAGUUGUACUUUGUUCUUUAUUGACGGCUAGCAAGUUCAUUAAUUAUGGAAGGAGUGAUGUCCAUUUGAUUGUAAAAGUAUGAAUAAUGUCUCAAAUGUAUAGGCGGCAGAAAUCUGAAGGUAAAUUGUACCUGUUCCUGAGAAGGGAGGUUCUCUUUACAGCCACUGUGUGCUGGUAACAGGGCAAUUUUCUUGUAAUCUCAGGUCUCUCAUUUACCAUAAGCAAGAUGCCUAAUUGUUUUAUGAAUAAUUGCGGUGUCUACAUAAUUUGCAUAGAUUGUCCACUUUUAACCUUUUGGCUAUAGAAAGUGGCUUUUAAAUUAAAUUUAAAAUUUGUUUUUCUAAUUAUAAAAGAAAUACAUGUGUAGAGCAAAAACUUUACCUAGAAAAGUGUCUAGGGCUGAAUUUCACCACUUUGAAUACUUUGGUGUACUCACAAACAUACACACAAUCACACACAUCCUUACACACAUGCAUGCACACACAAAGCAUAAUAUGCAUAUUCUAUCACAGACUCCUUUUUUCAGUUAGCAGAAUAUCAUGCACAUGUCCUAGUCAACAAGUAAUGUAUAAUAUCAUGUUUAAUAGCUGCAUAAUAUUACAUUGCAUGGAUUUAUAUUCUUUACAUUACUAGUCUGUUAUCAAACAUGUAGGGUAUUUCCAUUUUGAAUCUCUCUGAAAUACUUUGAUGAACACCUAGUAUAUAUAUGAUAGAGAUGGUCAUGAUUUGUUAUUUUUUUAAGUUUAUUUCUAUAGAUUUUUUUGAAAAUAAAAGACUAUUUCUGAUAAAGUAGGGGUCCCUUUUGUUCUUCUUAUUUCCCUCUUUCAAAAUUUUUCCAGAGUUAAUCCAUAAAUAAUAAAUGAUAUCGUUUUACACAUUUAGAAAAGUCGACAUAGGUGCUAUUGUCCCAGGGAUGCUGGAGAUGGUUAUGCCGAGUGCAACCAAGUAUGGUGAUUCUCUGUUAGUCUCUGUGAGUUAUUGGUCAGUCUCUUGUUAUUUAGCAACUUUCUUUUUUUUUAAAAGAAAAGUUUUAUGUAAUUAAUUUUUUAUUGUGGUAUAAUUGA